AUGGGGUCAAUAUCAGAAUUUGGCAAGUCUCAAGACGCGAAUAAGUUGGCCGAUGCCCUCAGGCAUCUGACCCAGCGUUUGAACCCACCUUGUCGACUCUCGACUCAAUCUGCCCCUGCCUUGUGGUUUCAUUCUCGAUCUGAGAGCUCGAGUCUUGCGCUGACUUUGCGCGACUUCAAAGCCACCCCAAUCCUCCCUUCUCCUAUCUUCUUUCAUCUCGCGCGACAACAUUUCCAUCUCGCGACCACCCCACCGCGAUCACCUAUCGCACCCUACAAUGAAGCGCAUGUUUCCCAUUGA